GGGGACCCCUAUCGAAGAUUCAAUGGCUGCUAGAUUCUUGGAUGCUUGGGAGGUGAGUGCUAACUCUCGGGACUGCCUUUUGUUGGGAGGGCGAAGUCUGCAAGACGAAUGUGGAUGACUGGUCGCUUUCAUGAAGUAUGGUAUGGUAUGGUGACUGCCGCUUUGUGGUAGCUUUCCUCGGCUCGUGUUAUAUUAGUACUUUCGUUACCGUCACCCAAUCACUCCGGAUUUUCAUUCAAGGCUCUGCUCAUGAGGAAACGCAAUCACUUUCGGGAAGUUCUGCCUGCGGAACUCGCGGCGUGAUACACGGCAGCAUGCCGUCGUCACUGAUCUCAUUCACCUGCUGCUGCUGCUUUUCAGACUGCACUGCAUACCGCUGAACAAUUAAGAAGUAGCAAUUUCAACGCCUAUAUGAUGGUAAGGGCAGUGGAGGUGGUGAGGGUAACAUAAGUAGUAA